GGUACAAACCUCAACAACAUUGGAUUUGCAAGGAGCAGAGCGAAACGGCUGGUCAAACACUGACUGUUUUCACCUAUCCUGGGUCUUCUCUUUGCUCUUGGACUUUUGGAUAUUGAAAAAGUGGAAGUUGUGCCAAAGUUUGAAUGUCAGACAUCCAAUAUGGGGAAAGGAUCGAGUAAACUGAGUGCAGAAGAAAUAAAAGACCUUCAAAAGGCAACCUAUUUUGACAAGAAAGAGAUACAGCAAUGGCAUAGAGAUUUCAUGAAAGACUGUCCCAGUGGUGCCUUGGGGGAAGAAGAAUUUCAGACGAUAUACCAGCAAUUCUUCCCCUAUGGGGACCCUUCCAAGUUUGCUGGGUUUGUCUUCAAGGUCUUUGAUGCUAACAAGGAUGGCAGUAUUUCUUUCAAGGAGUUUAUUUGCGCGCUAUCGGUAACAUCAAGGGGGACUUUAGACGAGAAGUUAGAUUGGGCCUUUGAUUUAUAUGACUUAGAUAAAGAUGGCUACAUCACAAAACAAGAGAUGCUUCAUAUAGUAGAAGCAAUAUACAGGAUGGUUGGCAAUAUGUUAGAUCUUCCACACGAUGAAGACACACCGGAGAAAAGAGUAACUAAGAUCUUCACACAAAUGGAUAAAAAUAAAGAUGGAAAGCUAACAAAGGAUGAGUUCAGGGAGGGGUCAAAGUGUGAUCCCUGGAUCGUCCAAGCGCUUUCACUGGAAAUACCCCAUGACAGCGCCUCCUAGCAACAAGAGGAUGACAUCAUCAUCAUCGUCAACGAAGCCCAUCAAUUCAUCAAUGAAAUAUAUCACGUGACCUGCAAUGCCAAGAGGAUUCUCUCAUUCAACCUUUAACCCUUGACCUGAGUAUGCCGCUUCAUAGACCAUGUGCUCAACCAGACAUGAGGUUUGAUCUCCUCUUCACACUUAAAAGGAAAAUCAUCCAUGUUUUCAAACAAGAUUUAUCUCUUACGUAGUUAUCCUUUCUUAAAUUGUCACAGUUGAAGUGAGAAUUUUUUUUUGCCAAACAACUAGUAUAAGACAUCACAGUAACCUGCAAUUUCUGUAGAAUCACCUUAAAUGCAUAUUUCUUGUUUUCGUUUUCAGAUUUCCAUGGAUGAGGAGAAAAUGAGCUUUUGCUUUUCAUGUUAAACCUUUAAUUUUUUAUCAAGAAUUGAAGAAUUUUGAAGAUUUUAACCUUUUAUGUACCUUAAUAGCCAAUCAACACAUUAGCUGGUAUGCCUCAGGUGCCUAUUGGUUCAAACUAGGAUAGAAACAAAUUAACAAUAGGGUUCAUUCAUCAUGUUGCAAAUUAAAAAUGCGACUGCCCUUUUCCUGUAUUAAAAUGCAUUUGAAAGUUAUGCCCUAUCACAUGAAUACAUACUGUACGGU